CCAAAAUGACCCACGACGCCGUUUGGUUCUCUCGUCCCCGCAAGUACGGCAAGGGCGCCCGUCAGUGCCGCCACUGCGCGCACCAGGCUGGUCUCAUCCGCAAGUACGGCCUUGACCUCUGCCGUCAGUGCUUCCGCGAGAAGGCCGCCGCCAUCGGGUUCGAGAAGACCCGGUGAACUAUGAUGUAGCCCUCAUCUCGUCCUCUGUCCGUCGCAUUGCAUUCUCUCCCGGUUUUCUCCCGUCGCACUACCAAAACCGCGCACCCCUUGUAUGCACCGCUAUGAUAUGCUGAGCAGGACCCUUUCCCCAUGCCUCUGGAAGUGUCAUUGUGUGCGAAUGGGCGUUGCCCAGGUUCCCAACCCGCCUAGCGCCCUCAGCAGUGCACUGG